AUGACCUCCAGAGACCCCUUUCAGCUUCUAAGCUUCGAGUCAGCUGGGAACAUCCUGUACUAUCUCGAUCCUCGGACAGUGGUCCGCUGUGAGCGUGUGAGUAAAGGCUGGAGGGAUUUCAUACGGGUAUGGAUCGUAUCAUCUGGCCUCUCUAGCAACUUUUGCGGGCUGUGGAAUAGUGAAGCCGGGAAGGAACCCACCAUGCGCCUUCGAAAGUUCAAAGAACUAGCGGCCGUCGAAGCAAAUCUUGAAUCCGGCAAGCCAACAAGCGUCCGCAGGAUCGUGGCGCGAGAUGGUCUUGUGGUCGUAGGCGACUAUGCAGCAUGGCGUUCCGGUGGCGACUUCUACUGGCAGCGGCUUUCCUUCAAAGAAGACUGGUCGCUCUUUCCAGUUCAAAUACUGCAGUGCCAGCCACCGCCCUAUUACUGCCGAAAUUUUUUCCUCAAUGCAAACGGCUACCUCGUCGUCGAGCGCCGUGAGCGUUCGCCGAGGGAUGAAGCCAUGAGCAUUGAUGUCUACUCCCUUGAAGAAAACCACAAGCUACAUACAAUCAAUGAGCCGGCCGGUCUUGAUCCACGGACCGCCGGCGAACCCAUAGCCGUAGGUACGCGGCGGAUAUACUUCCUGGUGAGGGAUGCAGUUCACGCAUAUGACCUGUUCUCUGGUGUUCGGCUAUACGCCACCCGCUUCGCACAGACCAGUCACACUUCCGCUGGGGGUCCGGUAGAGAUGACCUGGGCUCACUACACAAGGUACUUCCCGCUUCUAUCCGAUGGCCAUAGUGAGAUGCUUCCUCUCCUAUGGAACCGAGGUGUUCAGCUUAUUAAUGGCGAGAACGGCAACCUCGUGCAGGAACUCGCUGUCGAGUUUUGGAGGUUUCCAUACAUUUCUGUUGCUGCUACUCAGGGGGAGUUCGCCGUUAUUAGCGCUGAUCUUGCGCAGGGACUAGGGCUAAAGAUCCAACGCUUUUCCCGCGGACCAGAUGGGAUGUUUUAUCUGCGGUUAACGAGCCAGGUUGCACUAGAUUUCCGGUAUACAGUGCCCCAUCUCGUUAUAAUAAACCCCUUCAGAAAUCUUGUCGCAGCAUGUCCUACCGCCUCCCGAGGUAUUCCUGAAAUAGCCAGGCUUGUUAGCAGGGGGACUAGGUCUUCUGGCACUCAAGGAAGACUCGUUUCCGGGGAAGAACAGAGUGAUGAGCUUGCCGCCCCCUCCGUCGAAGUCUUGUCUCGGGGUGCUGUAACGGAGAUUACAUUACCCCCAAAAUGCUCACACCACAGGAAGCGCCGUCUGUUUAUUCCCGACGACAAAUACGGCCCGCGGGUUAUUCAGUUUGUGGAUGGUGACCGGAUACUCUAUCGCACAUUCCGUGAUACUACGAAGCCCGAUGCAUAUUAUGUCUUUGACUUUGGCUUAAGGAUGAGGCGGGGUCCGCGUUCAAUUUCAUGA